AUGUCAACAAACCAAACCGACAUAAUUCAACUUUCUUCCUCUUCAACUAUUGAUACUGUUCAUCAACCUUCACAACAGCCACAGUUACAGCCAUCAGUUAAACCAUGCUGCGCAUGUCCAGAUACAAAAAAAGCUCGUGAUGAAUGCAUAUUUCAAACUGGUGACGAAGAAAAAUGCCGAAGUUUGAUUGAAGCCCAUAAAGCUU